AAAUUGAUGCUGGAGGUGCUGUAGGAGAGCUUUGUGAAUGCCCUGGACUGACAAAACAAGUGUUUCUUCUAUCAAAUCAAGCCAGAACUUUCCCUGGACACAACAAUGUCAAAACUGAAUCUUUAAUAUCUCAGGCAAAUCAUGAGAAUGCAGGACUCACUGGAGGAACAGUAAUGCUAGGGAAAGAGGAAGGUAGAAGAAGACCAAAUAUGAGAUGGAUUGGUUGCAUAAUGGAAGCCACAAUCUUGAAUUUGAAGAACUGAGUAGGGCUGUGAAGGACAGGACAUUUUGGAGGGGGCAUUCACUCAUAUGGUCCCCAUAAGUCAGACAUGAUUUGACAGCACAUAACAAAAACUGUCAGACUAAAAGCGAAUAUCUAUUCCAGUAAUAUAGACAUCAUUUUUGUUUGCAAACUGGCAAGAGGUACUUGGACUUGGCUCCGUGUCACUUGCAUGUGUUAUGUGCUCUCCUGAGUAAACUGGCCCCAGAGAUAGCUUUGGGAAGUUGCUUCAUGUUGUAUUGUUCUACUUAUGAGUUUCAGGAACUGGAAUUAAUGCAGGCUUGUCAAUAUGCAGAUCAUGUACUGUAGUUUCAAUUGACCACAUUCUAAUGCUUCAUAUAUCUUUUAUCCACUAUUUUGAAGUGGGAAGGAAAUGAAGACAGCUGCUCUUUAACACUAAGGAGAACAAGCAUCUUUUCCUUAGUUCAGUGAUAUCAUGAUUCCUUAUAAACUAUAACUGUUGUUAAGAGCCAGCAUGGUGUGGUGCAGGGAUGGCCAGACUUGCACAGCAGAAGAGCCACAUGCAGCAAAUGUCAGAUAUUUGAGAGGCACAAGCGGGCGCCUUCAGGCAGUGGCUGUGGGCGGUGAGCAGCAAGUGGAUGCAAGAGUCACAAACUCAGAGAACUGCAUGUGGCUCCCAAACCUCAGUUUGGCUACCCUUGCAAUAGUGUUUAGUAUAUUGGACUGGAACUUGAGAGAUUCAGGUUAGUCCCCACUUGGCCAUGAAAUUCAAUGGAUGACUUUCAGCCAAGCAUUGCUGCUAAGCCCUAACCUACUUCACAAGAUUGUUGUAAGGAUAGAAUGAGGGAAGGUGAACUACAUAAGCUGCCUUGUUCUUUGCAGAUAAAAAGGCAGGAGGCAGGCAGGCAGGCAGGCAGUCAGUUCAACGUUUGAACUUGAAAAUGUUUAAUUUGGGAUUUUUAAACUGUUGCUAUUAUGCUCAUUCUGCUUUGGUUCAAAAAGAUGAAUUCACUGUGUGUUGGUAUGCGGUCCAAAAUGCAUGUGCAGGUUUCAGGCUUACUGGAUCAUCUUGGUGGAUAUGUUAAAACUAGACCAAAUGAAAAAUACUGACUAUGGGGCCAGACAUACACUUACAUUUGAGGAACAAGGUACCUUCUGAGGCUGUGUUAACCUCACGAAUCAGUUUUCAAUAUUAGAAUUGAGUUGUUCUAUCCAUGAAUUCCUCCUGGUCACAAUAUUCCCACUCAGUUAUUCUUCAUUUCAGUGGCCUAAUUUGGGGUGGACUAAUAGAUCCUCUUGCAUCUGUUAUUCAGCUGUCAGAAACAGCCUGGCAUAGGGAAAAGCUCCUAGUUACACAUGCUAUCUCUGUGGUAGCAAUGUUGGAGAAACCUGCGAUGGACUCAAUUAAAUUUAAAGAAUCUGACCUGCAGAUGCCAGAGUGGACCAGCAUUUCUCAAGUUGUGUGGACUUGCAGGCUGGUUUUUUUUAAUUUGCUGUAAUAUUAUGCAAAUGUAGUCAUAGAAAAAUGCAGAGAAUUAAAAAAAACCCAAAUGCUCAUUUCCCCAUAGACCAGAGCAUUAAAAUAAGCAUUUUGGGAGUGGGAUUUGCAUGUGUUGGGGCAAUUUACACAUUCUUGGAGAAUGUGUCCAUACAUCUGUUGCCCCUGGCAAUUGACCAACAUAGACAGAUGUUUGUUGCAUGAAGGAAAAUUGCAGAAAUAAAACAUGAAGACUUGAAAGAGAAGUAUAAUAUAGCAUUGUUUUCUGACAACCAGAAAACUUUUCAGUAUGUUUUCAGAUGUUACUUUUCGGUAACAUCACAGACAGGUAUACCCUUUUUUGGCCCCUUGAUAUCUUAGUCACAAUGCCUCCAGUUUGCUUUCCUUCACUAUUCUUGAAUGAGCCACCCUAUAUUUUAUCUGUAAAUGGAAGGAAGAAAUAAGCAUCCCCAUCUCUUAGAAAUUGCUCUGAAUUUUUUGCUUUCCAUUUUGUGCUAAGAACUGGUGACUGAGCUACUUUGUAAAGGGAAAGCUACAGGAAGCAAUUUUUUAAACUUGGACUUCCUUUCUUAACAUUUUAAUCAAUCCAUAUUAGGAACACUAGGAGAGUGCCAUUAUAAUGUACAUAGUCUUGCCUACAUCUAUUGUGAAGGUUAAAUGUAAUGUUUUUUGGUACUGAGCUGGCAAGCAUAAAUACCUAUAAAUAAUAGCUCUUAAUGGGAAAUGGCUUUCAGAAAAAAUAUAUUGGUUAUUUUGUAUAAAAUAUAGAAGCAGUAGUCUUGAUGCCCUACAUGUAUACUAGAUGCCUACAGAGUAUAAGAAGUUCUUACAAAGUGUAUUCUUUGACAUGCUGUUUCUGUGGGGUGUUAGCAAACAAAUUAGUCAUUUGAUUCCAAAACCUCAGUUUUGUUCAUGAGGAUGAAUCACACAUAUAUUAAUAGGUAAAUCAUACUGAGCCAUAAGAAAACAAUUACUUCAAAAGGACUGAAGCAUACUUAAUCAGAAAAGAGCUAACUUUCCUUUGUUACCAGGGCAGCAUUGUAUUGUGUAAUGAUGCGACAGCAGUUAGAAAUGGUUUGUUCCAUUUAGAAUGGGAUGCUUGUCUGACAAUGCAUAUAGGAAAUAAUUUCUAAGAGUAGUAUCUAGUGAUGUCCCAGCACUAUUUAUUAUCGCUAUUACUACUACAUUGCAUUUAUAUCUACUUUUUCCUCUUAUUUUAUUCCUUAUGAGGAACCUGAGGUGACUUGCAUAGUUCCAUUUUAUUUUCACAACAACCUUUGAAGAAGGUUGGGCUGAGAGUCUGUGACUGGUCACCUAAUGAACUUAGAUCCCCUGGUCCUCAGUUCAUCACUUUAACCACCAACACCACACUGACUCUCUUUCCCAAUCCAAUUGGAUAUGUUAUAGAACAUCAGUUUAUUCACAUUGGAAACCUAAAAGGAACAUAGUCUCUUACUACAAUCCUGAACCUGAAAUGGCAUUGCCAGAAGGUUCCAUUAUUUAAAGGCAUAUUUGUGCUAAGUUCUAAAUGAAGUUAAUUUCACUUCGUGCUCCCUACUUACUUUUUACCCUACCUCUGAGCAAUUCAGAGCUGAAUACAUGGGAAUGAAACUGGUCCUUCAUUCAACCGCUAGCCUAUCCCUUCACCUCCUGAUCAUACUAAACGUGAUACCUCCAGGUCAUUUUCUCAUUGCCUUCUCAUUUGAUCUUUAAGAAACAACGACUGGUUUACAAAUUUCAUAUGGAAUCAAAUCAUAAAGCACAUAGCAUGAGUUAUAUUGUAAUGCUCUAUCAUAAUUAGGAGCAUGAUGCCAUGUCUUACAUUUCUUUGCCUUUGCAAUUCUGGGGAAGGUUUAACUUUCUAGGCUCUCUGCAAACUCUUCUUGUUCUAUUAGGUUUUUUAGUUUCUGUUUUGGUCAUAUCUUUGUACUUUCUGUUAUAGUGCUACUUGGUGGUUUAUUUUCUUUAUCAUUGCAUUUCUGAGAUCAUACUUUGAAAAUAAUUAUAUGUGAGACUGUUUAGGUUCAUUACUGCCUUUAAGUAAAAUGGAUACAAAAUUGGAUUUUUAUAUUGGUUGCUCACAUGUCAAAGUCAGAAAUGAUCAUUAAUUUAUCUGGAUUUUAGAUUGCUUCUGUAGCUUAGCUGAAAUAUUGACUGGUUUGUUUUUGGAAAAAAUGCUACCUAAGUGUGUUUUUCCCCCCUGUUCUUAUUGUAGUGCUGAUGCCAUAAUUGCUUAUUCGGCCAUUCUAAAGAUGGACUGCUGUUACUAAUGGGAAGAACUCCAAUAUGAGUGGAAAUGAUGUUGGAGGAAGAAGACGCUUUGAAGACAGUGAGCACACACUACACAUCUACCCUGGGAGCAUUGCUGAAGGGACCAUCUACUGCCCUGUUAUUGCACGGAAAACAUCAACUGCUGCUGAGGUGAUCGAUUCCCUGAUUAACAAGCUCCAGCUGGACAAAACAAAAUGCUACGUCUUGGCAGAGGUGAAGGAAUUUGGGGGGGAAGAAUGGAUCCUCAACCCCACGGACUGCCCCAUCCAGCGCAUGUUGUUGUGGCCCCGCAUGGCCCUAGAGAACCGUUUGAGUGGAGAGGAUUAUCGUUUUCUUCUAAGGGAAAAAAACGUAGAUGGCUCGAUACAUUAUGCCAGCCUCCAGUCCUGGCUGCGGGUGACAGAAGAGCGGCGCAGGAUGAUGGAACGUGGUUUCCUUCCUCAACCGCAGUACAAGGAUUAUGAUGACUUGUGUGCUUUGCCAGACUUGAAUGAAAGAACACUCUUGGAAAACCUUAGAAACCGCUUUAAACAGGAAAAAAUUUACACAUAUGUUGGAAGCAUACUAAUAGUUAUUAACCCAUUCAAAUUUCUCCCCAUUUACAAUCCAAAGUAUGUUAAAAUGUAUGAUAAUCAUCAACUUGGGAAGCUGGAGCCCCAUAUUUAUGCAGUGGCUGAUGUAGCAUAUCAUGCUAUGCUUCUACGUCGGAAAAAUCAGUGUAUUGUCAUUUCUGGAGAAAGUGGGUCUGGGAAAACACAGAGCACAAACUUCUUGAUUCAUCACCUCACUGCUCUUAGCCAGAAGGGAUUUGCUAGUGGAGUAGAACAAAUCAUUCUUGGAGCUGGACCAGUGCUUGAGGCAUUUGGGAAUGCAAAGACUGCACACAACAACAACUCGAGUCGUUUUGGCAAGUUUAUCCAAGUGAAUUAUCAAGAGACUGGCACUGUGCGUGGAGCUUACGUUGAAAAAUAUCUGUUGGAAAAGUCCAGGCUAGUCUAUCAGGAACAUAAUGAGAGGAACUACCAUGUAUUUUAUUAUCUUCUGGCAGGAGCAAGUGAAGAAGAGAAAUCUGCUUUUCAUCUUAAACAACCUGAUGAAUAUCAUUAUCUUAAUCAGAUGACAAAGAAACCCCCUAAACAGAGCUGGGAUGACUGUUACUAUGACUCUGAGCCGGACUGCUUCUCUGUUGAAGGGGAAGACUUGAAGCAUGACUUUGAGCGCUUGCAGCUAGCUAUGGAGAUGGUGGGCUUUCUUCCCAAGACUCGCAAACAGAUUUUUUCCCUCUUGUCCGCAAUUCUCCACUUGGGUAACAUCUGUUACAAAAAGAAAACCUACCGGGAUGAUUCGAUAGAUAUCUGUAACCCUGAGGUCUUGCCUGUUGUCUCAGAACUUCUGGAGGUCAAAGAGGAAAUGUUGUUUGAAGCACUGGUUACAAGGAAGACCGUUACUGUUGGGGAGAAACUUGUGUUACCAUACAAACUGGCAGAGGCUGUUACUGUACGAAAUUCCAUGGCUAAAUCGUUGUACAGUGCCCUCUUCGAUUGGAUAGUUUUUAGAAUUAACCAUGCACUUUUGAAUACCAAGGACUUGGAAGAAAGCACCAAGACCUUGUCCAUUGGAGUACUUGACAUAUUUGGGUUUGAAGAUUAUGAAAGUAAUAGCUUUGAACAAUUCUGCAUUAAUUUUGCAAAUGAACGUUUACAACACUAUUUUAACCAACACAUCUUUAAACUGGAGCAAGAAGAGUAUAGACUUGAAGGCAUCAGCUGGCAUAACAUAGACUAUAUAGACAACUCUGGCUGCAUAAAUCUUAUCAGUAAAAAGCCAACAGGGCUACUCCAUCUGCUGGAUGAGGAAAGCAAUUUUCCGCAAGCCACGAAUCAAACGUUGUUAGACAAGUUUAAACGUCAGCAUGAAGGGAACCUCUACAUUGAAUUUCCUACUGUGAUGGAACCAGCCUUCAUCAUAAAACACUACGCUGGGAAAGUUAAAUAUGGUGUGAAGGAUUUUCGAGAGAAAAAUACAGAUCACAUGCGACCAGACAUUGUGGCCCUCCUAAGAAGCAGCAAGAGUGCCUUUAUCUGUGGGAUGAUAGGGAUUGAUCCUGUAGCUGUGUUCCGAUGGGCCGUCCUUAGAGCUUUCUUCAGAGCUGUGGUUGCAUUUAGGGAGGCUGGAAAGAGGUACACUGAGAAGAAAACUGGGCAUGAUGAUGCGGUUUUGAAAAGUGUGGAUAGUUUUAGCUUUCUCCAUCACCCAGUUCAUCAGAGGAGCUUAGAGAUCCUGCAGAGAUGCAAGGAGGAGAAGUACAGUAUUGCCCGGAAACAUCCAAGAACACCCCUUUCAGAUCUGCAAGGAGUUAAUACUAUCAAUGAGAAAACCCAACGUGAUACAUAUGGAGUUGGCUGGAAUAGUAGGAUGGCGAUGCGACAGAACCGACUCUCCAGCCAUAGCAGUUUCCUUGACAAAGACGGGAUAUUUGUGAAUUCAACUAACAGCAAGCUCUUGGAGAGAGCCCAUGGCAUUCUCAUGCGAAACAAGAACGUCAAAGCCAAGCCUAACCUUCCAAAGCAUUUACUGGAGGUGAAGUCACUGAAGCAUCUGACAAAUCUGACUCUCCAUGACCGUAUCACAAAGUCUCUUCUCCAUCUUCACAAGAAGAAAAAGCCCCCAAGCAUCAGUGCACAGUUCCAGGCAUCACUUACCAAACUGAUGGAGACCCUUGGCCAGUCAGAACCCUAUUUUGUCAAGUGCAUUCGUUCCAAUGCUGAAAAGCUUCCCCUGAGGUUCAGUGACAACCUGGUGCUUAGGCAGCUACGGUACACUGGGAUGCUAGAGACGGUGCGCAUUCGGCAGUCAGGAUACAGCUGCAAAUAUUUAUUCCAGGACUUCAUAGACCAUUUUCAUGUUCUUCUCCCACGAGCUACUAUCCCUUCUAAGCAAAAUAUCCAAGAUUUCUUCAGGAAAACAAAGAUGUGCACAGAGAGUUAUCAAGUGGGGCGAACAAUGGUUUUUAUGAAGGAGCAAGGGCGGCAGCUUUUACAAGGUCUGCUGCAUGAGGAGGUGCUGCGAAGGAUCACUCUGUUGCAGAGCUGGUUCCGCACUAUGCUCUACAGAAGGCAGUUUCUGAACUUGAGGCAGGCAGCUAUUGUCAUACAGCGAUACUGGCGUAGCUUUCAGAGAAGAAAGCAAGGUGAAGCGGAAGAAUCCUUGUACAAUUCAGUCUUUUUAGGAAAGGCAGCAGUCGUCCUUCAGGCCUUCUGGCGAGGCUUUGUUGCGAGGCGAAGAUUCCAGCAGAUGCGAAUGGCAGGUUUCAUUAUCCAAAGCUAUUGGCGAGAAUGCCUAAGGAGGAGGCAUGCUGCGGCCACAUUCAUCCAGGCAAAAUGGCGAAGCUACCGUGCCAGGACUGUGUACAGAACUAAGAGGAACAAAGUGAUUGUGUUGCAAGCAGCAUAUAGAGGCUACAAAGCACGACAGAGGUUUAGAACUUUAAAAGAGCAGAGGUUGAAAGAAUUGUCUCUACGGAAUGGACUAAUGGCGAAAGAAGAGGACGGACUGGUGCAAGGGGAUAGCUUGGAUAUUAAGGGUUCAGAUCCUUCUGAAUGGGAAGAUCGUUCAUUUGAAGAGAGAGUGAAAGCUGUUGAGGAGCAUAAGUCAGUGAUGGAUAGGGCAGGUCAGAUCGACAGUUCUGAAACUUCAUUAUACAAGCACCAUGAGAGAGCCAACAGCCAGAGUAGAGUGAACACAGAAGAGCAAGUUGUUGUGAGAGAGAGACCCAAAUCUCUGGAGGACCUCAACCAAAAAAAAGGAGUGCGCGCAAAACGAGAGAGUCGGCGGAUGCGUGAAUUGGAACAAGCCAUAUUUAGUUUAGAGUUGCUUAAAGUCCGGUCCACUGGUGGGGCAUCUCCAUCAGAGGAACAUCAGUGGUCCUCGGAGUUGCCUUCUGAAGGGAUGCACUCUCCCCAUGGAACUCCAGAAAGUGAAAGUUCUCAGGGAAGUCUAGAGAUGCUGAGCCAUGAAGAGACUCAGAAGGGCAAGUGGGACCCGAUGGUGCUACAGGAGCACAAUAUGCAACCUGUUCCCAGAGAUUCGUUGCCCAAUAGCCCUAAAUUGGAGGAUGAUCAAGGCAUUUCCAUCUUUGCUACUGAUGUAAAUAGAAAUGUGUCUGAUAGGAAAAGGUCAAUCUCAAGUUCUGAAUUACCAGAGUGCCUUGCUGCAAAAGAGCAGUUGGCCUGUGAUUCCCAUGGUAUUCACCAUAACAUGCAUACAAGAGAGCCAUUAAUUUCAAGCAGUCUGCCUACAUUUUACCUGCCACCCCAGGACCAUGUGAGAGCUGGCCAUUCAGUGAUAGAAAAUAACCUAAAGAAUAAACAAAUGGAAAUGGGCACAUUUUUGAUCCCAGAAGCCAAGAAAAAUGUCGAACGCAAAAGGCCAGGGCAAAGCAUGACCUUUCAAGGGGAUAAUCAGUCUUCCUUCACCGGAGAAGAGGUCCCAGUUGUUACUGAUUCAGAAAUGUCAUCUUCCGAUUCAAUUAUCAAGAAACUUGAAAAGUUAAAUGUAGAGAAGGAAGAGCGUCGUAAACAAAAGCAACUGCAGAAUGAGAAGGAAAUGAUGGAGCAGAUACGACAGCAGAAGGAAAUUUUAGGGAAGCAGCGUAAAGCUUUUGAAGAGCUCGAGAGGCAAGAGAAUGAACAGAACAGGAUUAAAGAGUCAUUCCAGGGAACCCCUCUCAGGUCACCAAAGAGAACAUACAGGCCUCAGUCUCUCCUCAUUGUGGAUCCCCAGAACAAAGGGCAGCAGGACCCCACAACAAGUACAGAGCCAACCUCCUUGUGGGAUGCUAAACUGCUCACUGAUGCAAAAAAAGGAAGCCCACCUCCUUGCCAGGUGACCCAAAAAGAAAGGGCUGUCAUCCAGAAGUUUGCUGGAACAGAUCGAUUAAACUCACAAACAGUUUCUGAAUCUGAGGAAGGUUUGAGCAAUCCACCUGCACGAGAAAAACGAUUCAGAUUGCCUCGAAUUCCUAGUCAAGGCUCUGAUAGCUCUUCUACUGAAACCAGAAUUGGUUCCAUUUUCUUUACCCCAAAGGACAAUCAAAUGGGCAUUAAUUUCAGCAAAGAAUCUUCAGCACAGCAGUUUCCUCCAAAAGAAGAAUAUAAAAAGCCAUUGAAGAUUCCUGGACCAGGCAGAGGAGAGGUUGCCAGACCAGCCCAUAAAAAGAAAGCCCGCAUGGCACGGACACGCUCCAAUUUCUUGACUAGAGGUGCUUUUGCUGAUUGGGAGGGGGAUACGGAGGAAGAAGAUUGCGAUGACAGUUUUGAAUUCCUUCCAUCCCUUGACCAACCUCCUCACCCUGAGCCCGGCUGUGCAGCCAGACUUGGGCAGCCCUGUCACAGUGACUCUGAAAUGAUGUUGCAGCGGUUCAUGUCAAGUGAAGGCCAAGCAAAACUUCACAAAACAAUGUCUCAAGGAGAGAUUGGAAACUUGGGAACAGCACAGAAAGUUGUAGCUACAGAUAGAAGACCUCAAAAAGCCAAGAUGAGGUUUUGGGGGAAAGGGAGGCAGGCAGAGAAGAAAGCAAGCAGAGAGAAACUUGCUACCCAAUCAGAGCUGUUGGAGUUGUAUCCAGAUCAAGAUGCCUCAGGAAGGGAGAUCAUUACAGGUCGACAUCUUGAAGAAGAACUGACUCCCCCAAGGAGUCCUGAAUUGUCUGGCAGCUAUCAAAGAGAAUGUAAAGAAAACAAAGAGCCAUCUCCCAAGGUGAAGCGAAAGCGCAGCCUGAAAAUCAGCAAUGUGACUAUGGAGCCUGCACAGUGGCAAAAUGAUGCUCUUCAGAUCAUAACCAGCGCCAGUGACUUAAAAAGCAUGGAUGAGUUCCUCUUGAAGAAAAUGAAUGAUCUGGAUAGUGAAGACUGUAAGAAGGAUACUCUGGUGGAUGUUGUAUUUAAAAAGGCUUUGAAAGAAUUCCGGCAAAAUAUUUUCAGUUUCUACUCUUCUGCUUUGGCAAUGGGUGAUGGAAAGAGCAUCCGAUACAAAGACCUGUAUGCCCUUUUUGAACAGAUUCUGGAAAAAACUAUGAAGUGUGAACAAAGGAACUGGAGAGAAUCACCUGUCCGGGUCUGGGUCAAUACCUUCAAGGUGUUUUUGGAUGAAUAUAUGACAGAAUAUAUGCCUUUGGAUUAUACUGCUGCGAAGGUGACCAAAACAGAAAGAAAGAAGAGAAGAAAGAAGGAACCAGAUGUUGUAGAAGAAUAUAAUGGUCACAUUUUUAAGGCCACUCAGUACAGCAUCCCCACCUACUGUGAAUUCUGUUCCUCUCUGAUAUGGAUCAUGGACAGGGCCUCUGUGUGUAAACUGUGCAAAUAUGCUUGCCACAGAAAAUGCUGUCUGAAGACCACAACAAAGUGCUCCAAAAAGUAUGAUCCUGAGCUUUCUUCUCGACAAUUUGGAGUUGAACUCUCCCGUCUGACCAGUGAAGAACAAACAGUGCCAUUAGUGUUUGAGAAGCUCACCAGCUAUAUAGAAAUGCAUGCACUGUACACAGAAGGCAUUUACCGGAAAUCUGGAUCAACCAAUAAAAUCAAAGAGUUGCGGCAGGGGCUUGACACAGAAAUUGAGAAUGUGAAUCUUGAUGACUACAACAUCCAUGUCAUUGCCAGCGUUUUCAAACAAUGGUUGAGAGAUUUGCCUAAUCCUCUCAUGACAUUUGAACUCUAUGAAGAAUUCCUGCGUGCUAUGGGCUUGCAGGAGAGGAAGGAGGCCAUCCGUGGGGUGUACUCAGUCAUUGACCAGCUUUCUCGCACUCAUCUCAAUACCUUGGAACGCUUGAUCUUUCAUCUUGUCAGGAUUGCCCUGCAAGAGGAGACAAACCGAAUGUCAGCUAAUGCCCUGGCAAUUGUAUUUGCUCCCUGUAUUCUCCGUUGUCCAAACACCACUGACCCUCUGCAGAGUGCUCAGGAUGUCAGUAAAACCAUCAGCUGUGUAGAACUGAUUGUUGUAGAACAGAUGAAUAAAUAUCGGGCUCGCCUCAAGGACAUCAGCAGCCUCGAGUUUGCAGAAAGUAAAGCCAAGAGCCGUCUGUCACUCAUUCGCAGGUCCAUGGGUAAAGGGCGCCUGCGCCGAGGGACAUAUCCAAGCCCCACGUCCCCAGCGGCGGUCCGGUUGCCAUCUGUGUCGGACGUCUCUGAAGAGGCCCUGAGCAGCGAGGAGGCCAUGGAGACGGAUGUCACUGAACAGCAGCAGGUGGCCAUGCAGCAGGAAGAGAAGGUGCUGACGGAGCAGAUUGAGAGUCUGCAGAAAGAGAAGGAAGAGUUAACGUUUGAGAUGCUGGCGCUGGAGCCACGAGCCUCUGAUGAUGAAACUCUAGAGUCUGAGGCUUCUAUUGGAACUGCAGAUAGCUCAGAAAACCUGAACUUUGAUUCUGAAGGCGCCAUCUCAGACAGAUCAGACAGAACUUCAGCACUAGGCUCAGUGAGACCCAUCAAGGCAGAGCCCGUCACCACCACCAGGCCUCGAAGACACCUGAGAAAGCAGCAGGAUUCCACGGACUCGGUGGACUCCUCUGUUUCCUCUCCAUCCCUGUCACCCUCCUCCUCCUCCUCCUGCUUACCUCACGUAACUAGAAAACGGUUCCAGAUAUACUCCAAAUCGCCUUUCUAUCGAGCAGCUCCCUCUGGCGGUGCCACCGCACUGGAGCGAUCCCCAGGGCAUGCGAAAGGCCUGGAUGACCGGCCACAGUUCACCACCAGAGGGACAUUCAAUCCCGAGAAAGGCAAGCAGAAACUGAAGAAUGUGAAAAACUCUCCCCCCAAAGCCAAAGAGCUCCCCGAGGGGGCUGCUGGGACAGGCCGGAAGAGACACCCUGAUGCUGCUGAUUACACCAGUUCCCAGCAGCUGGUGCUGCAUGGAAAUAAGGAGUUCAUGGUGUGAGCCCGUCCAUCGCAGCAAAACAGAAGCAUCUCUUCCUUAGCAUCUUCCCGCCAUUUCAGCACCAUCUGCCACCGCUUCCAUUGCAGGCCUGCUGUCGCCACCCAAGUCAGCUUCACUCUCUAAUUCAUAGCUUGGAAUCCCAACGUUGUGCUGCCAGUACGGAAGAGUGAAGGCGAACUCUAACUAAAGCCAGUGGAAGAAGGUCCGGCUGUGGCCUUAGCUGCCUUGACUUUCGGAACUCAGUAAUUUCUUGGUGUCUCAGGCUGGGACUUGUAGCAAAACCAGUAAAGUAGGCAGAAGAAUGGCUAGAGAGCCACAUCUGUGUUUCUCAUCCAUCCUUUGUCCCAUCCUUAAGGGACAGGGAAUGUGCCAGCCAAGAACACCAGGAGGGCACCUGGAGUUCAAGGAGCUUUUCUUCAUCCCAAUGGUCAAAACUGCUGACUUUGGGAUUGGGUUUUUGCACUGGGAUCAACAAGCCUGGACCAUCUUAGUAGGGGCCACAGCGAAGAAGAAACUGAACCCUUUGUUCAGAGUCAUUUAUAAUGCACUCCAUGGUGUUGUCAGUUGGUAUAAAAUGUCAUUUCUACUCGAGCACUUCUCAGACAACCACCAGGUGCAUGCCUGUUGUGGAAAAGAGUUUUAUGUCUGUCUUUUUGUUUAGGUUUCUUUGUUGACAAUGUCAGAAUAACCAAUUCCAGAUUGAUUCCAGGUAGGUUAAAGCCAAAUGUUUGUGCUGGGUUUCCAGUAACCAUAGCUAUGACAAAUAUCCUGAGUUUAAGGCACAGGAUUGGAUUCCAGAAGUUAAAAGAAAUGUCAGGAGGAAGAAUCCUUUGUCUUUCAGACACUCCUUUGUCCCAGAUGUUCCGUGCUGCUAUCUGAGCAAAAAGCUCCACAGACAGACUUUGACAGACAGGAAAAACUCAAGCAAAAUGCAAAUGUAUGGAGAAGCCGUAAGAAAGGCUGCUGGUGCAGUCAGUCUGUUUAAAAAGUGAUUUAACCUCACUCUCUUCAUGAAACCAUCAGUAUUAAAGAAAGGCGCAACAAACCCCAGAGACUACUUGAAGCUCUUUGUUAGUAUUAUGGUUACUGAAGUUCAAUGUAAAUAAAACUUGUUAUGUUUUUUAACUUUUUUUUCCACAAUGUGGGACCUUUUAAUGUGGGACAGUUAAGCCAGGAAGGGAAAGGUGAAGGGAGAGGGACGAGGUGGGUUGCAAGAAUUAGAUCUGAGGUCGUUGCAAUAUGGAUCAGUAGUCACAUUUUUGCCAGUGCACCGCCAGGUACUCCCACAAGUAUCUCAAAUGUGAAGCAUCCAGCAGUUCACCCUUGUUGCUUAAAUGGCUGUGAAUGGUGCGAGAAGAGCCCCUCCUUCUCUAAUGGUCUUUUUUGGAAGCUCCAUUUUUCAGAGCGUCCAGUAAUACCAUUCUCCUGUGGUGACGGUGUGACGGAAGAUACUGAGGGGAAUGAGGUUUGUUCAGCGGGCCACCAAGUGGUGUGUCACCUACAUAAAUGUAGCUACAAUUUGGAACAAAAAAGACAGGGCUAGUGUACAUUCACUGCAUACGCAGAACACGGUCUACAUAAAACUGGUGUCCUUUGCAAGCCAUUGACCUUUAGCGUCCCAACAUAGGUCUCAUCUCCAGUCUUAAGGGGUUUGACUGAGAGGCAGUGGUGAGUUCACUGUUUAAACCUGCCUCACAAUAAGUGUGUGAGCAGCCCAUUCAAGUUCAGCCACAAAGGUCCCGAGAGGCUUGUGAAUGGAUGGAAGCUUCAGCUCGGCCCCCAGCGUGCAACACUCUGGCACUAUACAGACCUUGAGGUGUUCCGUGUGUAUGGAACAGCUGGGCCGGCUUUCGCAGGUCAAAAACUAGUUGUUAAAACCAAAGGUGAUGUGAUCACAACAGAACAGAAGCUACUAUUGAACAGUUUACUGGGUGGCAAAGGUAGGAAAGCAAAAAGCACAAAGCAAAGCAACAGUAUCUUUUAAAAAAAACUCAGCAUUUUCAGUUCUGAAGAUAUAUAAAUAGAGAUGUUACUCUGAAGAGGAUUAAUUAGAGAAUUCAAACUGUUCCUUCAGAGAUUGUAGAUGGUACUUGCUCUGUUAGCCAAAACUUUCUCUAGCUGCUAAGAGGAGCCCCCGGCUGUGCUUUUCCUGCUUCAAACCACAGAUUGUCCCUCAGGCAAAAGCUUUGAUUUGGGCCUUUCUGAUGGCAGCUUCUACCUUUGGCUUCGCAAAAUUUGCUCAAGGCAUCAUCUCAGCUGUGACCUUGAGGCCUUUCCCUGCACCCGGGUGGAUCCUGAGGGAGCCCAGCAGGCAGAAUUUUCAGUAUGCGUGGGCCCAGUUGUUGUUGUUUCUUUGUCAUGGUUUGUAUUUUUGUGUUUGAGGCAUUCAACAACUUGCCCAUUUCAGCCCCAAAAUUGAAUGGCUUGUAGCAUGAGUUCCAAGUCAAAUAUUAAGAACUGUGGCUGAGGAUCAUCCCUAUCUUUCCCUCUCCCCCUUGAGGCACAAGGGUGCUAGGACACCCACCUUUCUGCCAUCCAGAAACUUGUCCGCUGAGGUGACAGCUCAGUGUCCUUGGGCCUUUGUCCUCACAGUGGCCUUUCUCGUGGCUUUAGAUCCAGGUUGUGUUGCGACACUGAGGAGCUCUGGUGAGGUAGGUAAGGGAGCCCUCAGUAUAGUUUGGUAAGCAACGUUUAUCAACAAAGGGACACCUCUCUCUCUCUCUCUCUCUCUCUCUCUCUCUCUCUCUCUCUCUCUCUCUCUCUCUCUCUCUCUCUCUCUCUGCAGUACCAAUUUGCUGCAGAUAAGCUAAACUCCCCUUCACCAGCCCUACCCCAAUAUUAUCCCAUAACUGCAUGAGGUAGUCAACACAUUUCUGAUGCACACAUUACGUGCUUGCUUCUGUCUGUACAAUGCUCAGCAAGUACGCAAAGAUCCUUGGAAACUUUUCAGACUCAUUUUUAAUAUUCUCUCUCUCUCUCUCUCUCUCUCUCUUUCUCUCUCUCUCUCUCUCUCUCUCACACACACACACACACACACACACACACACAGCUGAUUUCUGUGCUGGAAGGCACCGGAUUUUGCAAAUACUCCAGGGGACUAGUUCCUUUUUCUUCCAAUGCAAAGCCUUUUUCUUAGCACUGGCCAUGGGGGCAGGGAAGGCGGGAGGGCAUCUGUGUGCCUGAGACUUUCAGUUGUUGCGCUAGGUUGGAAUGUGGGCAACAGGAAAAAGUCCUUUUGCUUCCAUUCCCUGUCCUGGCUCUGUGCGAUGCCUGUCUUCCAGGAUCGCCGCCUCUCCUCCAUCCCUGCCCCAGGGCAGUCUGUAAACAUGGAAUCUUAACCCUUAGUCCACUCAUGGUAUCAAGUGAAUGUACUCACCACUAGGAAGGACAUCGGCUGCAUAUAAUUAUUUUUAAUGGAAAUUUUUAAAGUAAUUUAUAAGUAUACUGAGUGUAAAUUUAAAAACAGACUAUGUAUUGUAAAAGGAUAUAUUGUCCAGUGUCAUACUCUAUAAAUUCUACCUGUUUAAAGAAGAAAUCUAUAAAGGAAAAUGCUUUAUUUUGCUCAUGGAACCAGCUGGCUUGCUGUGAUGCCGUUGGGCCAGCACAUUGUAAUUUCAUGUCUGGAAGUUACUCUAAUUUUUUUUUUAAUUAAUGUUAUUUUGUUUCUUUCUUCUGGAACAAGGCCGUCAUAUUUAAAGUGCAAUUUGUGUAAUAUUUCGUAAAUAAUGAUACUAUAUGGCUGUACAAAAACAACUUUAUGAACAAAUAACCCCUAGCUUAUUAAAGAACAAAGCAAUGGAAAACAAA